GGGACUCACGCGGAAGCAGAGGGGCAGUGACGGCCGCGUCGGACCGCGCGUUCGCUCCGUGGAGCAGUGGCCGGGAGGGGGCAGGCAGCGCGGGUGACGGCGGCGGGGCACGGAUCCAGAAUUGGGGGGACUGGAUGCGGGGGUCACGGUCGCUGAGGACCUGCGGGGUGGGCGAGAGGGGAAGGGAGAGGGGCGUCUGCCAGCCCUGCGGCCCAGUGGGUUAGGUUUUGUUUUCCUGCAGCGUGAGGUUUCGUUUUCCUGCGGCAGUUCCGUCGCGCCCCCGCAGGGCCUACCCGGCCGCCGGCUCGACACCUGUGGCGCCUCGUGCGCGCGCUCGCCGUAUCUGUAGUCACACCUAUCACCGCCUUGGCCAGGACUCACACUCGAGCAACGUCGUGGCCAUCAGCCCUCAAUUCCCAUCUGUGAUCCUCAACACCGGUGACAUCUGGCCACACUCGCAACCUUCUUCUCAUCUGCGGUAGUAGCUGACUGCGCCCGUGACAACACUCGCCGCGGAGGGUGCGCCGGCCCCUCCCCGCCCAGCCCCUGCAGAGGGAGCAAUGGCCGUGGCUCAGGACAGUGGGGCCCCGCGCGUGCUCUUCGGAGACUGGCUUCUGGCCGAGGUCAGCAGCGGCCGCUAUGAGGGGCUACGGUGGCUGGACGCUGCCCGAACGCGCUUCCGCGUGCCCUGGAAGCACUUCGCGCGAAAGGACCUGGGUGAAGCAGAUUCGCGCAUCUUUAAGGCCUGGGCCGUGGCCCGCGGCAGGUGGCCGCCCUGCAGCAGCGGUGCCAGGUCAACCAACGAGGAUGCGCUCCGAGCCUCCUGGAAAACCAACUUCCGCUGCGCCCUGCGCAGCACUGGGCGCUUCGUGAUGUUGCAAGACAACUCAGCUGACCCUACUGACCCGCAUAAGGUGUACAUGAUCAGCCCUGAGCUGGGGUGCAGAGACCCAGGCGUUAACCAGGGGGAGGACAAAGCCCUUGAAGAUACCCCACUCACAAGGGAUGGGCUUCUUGGGCCAUGCCAGGCAGCAGAUACUGGUGAGAGGCCAGGGCAUGAACUGGCCUGGCUAAGCCCUGAGCCCUGCACUGCAAACCCAGGUGAGCAUGCUGGGGACCUCUUGCUCCAGGCUUUGCAGGAGAGCUCCCUGGAGGACCAUCUGUUGAAAGCUGUAUUGGGCGCGGAUCCGAUCCCCCUAGAGGCUCCUGCUGCAGGGCCCCCCCUGGCCCCAGAGCCCAGGCAGCUCCCAGACGUGGAGCUUGGCACCACACCCUCCUCUGGUGCCUGCACCCCAAUGGCAGGUGAGCACCCGGCUGGUGAGGUGGUGGGGCGCCCAGGCUGUGUGCUCCUAUACGGCUCCCCUAGCCUGGCUGCUGAGGCUGCAGAGCCCCAGCGUGUGGCCUUCCCCAGCCCUGCUGAGCUGCCCGACCAGAAGCAGCUGCACUACACAGAGAAGCUGCUGCAGCACGUGGCCCCUGGCCUGCAGCUGGAGCUCCGGGGGCCCUGGCUGUGGGCCCGGCGCCAGGGGAAAUGCAAGGUCUACUGGGAAGUGGGUGGGCCCCUGGGCUCUGCCAGCCCCUCCACCCCAGCCCGCCUGCUGCCCCGAGACUGCAACACACCCAUCUUUGACUUCGGCACCUUCUUUCAAGAGCUGGGGGAGUUCCGUGCCCGCCGGCGCCGAGGCUCCCCACACUACACCAUCUACCUGGGCUUUGGCCAGGACCUGUCAGUGGUGAGGCCCAAGGAGAAGAACCUGGUCCUCGUGAAGCUGGAGCCGUGGCUGUGCCGGGCAUACCUGGAGGGCGUGCAGCGUGAAGGCGUGUCCUCCCUGGACAGCGGCAGCCUCGGUCUCUGCCUGUCCAGCUCUGACAGCCUCUACGACGACCUAGAGCACUUCCUGGAGCACUUCUUGAUGGAGUGGGGCAGCCCGCCUAGGGCGGACCCCGGCCCCUUCGGGGUCCAGUAGAAACCCAAGAGCCAGCGUUGUGUCCUGACCAGAGGUGGGCUUGGGGCUGGGGCUGAGCAAAGGCACCGUGGACUCAAGCUCACCCCACUUCCUGGGGGCCCAAGGAGGGAACACCCCACUCUUUUCACAGUGAAGAAACUCAGGCCCCACUUUAGAGCCAAAAAACUCUACGCAAAGAUCCCAAGUGUCCCUCAGGACACAGACACUCUGCUCUCCCUGCCAGGUGGCAAGUGGGGCCCCUCCGUCGGGGGCAAGGGCCUCUGUGCUGAACCCAGCGGCUGUCCCUGGCCUUUGAAAUCUGCCACCACCACUCUGCCUCAGUGGAGCCGAGUGUAGGCUUCAGCAACUCUUUACAGAGCGUAGCACGGACGGUACAAGGGCUCCCUGGACAAGGGCCAGGCGCACAGAUGGCUGCCUGGGGGAGGCUGCCUGUGAGGGGGUCGAGGAGACCUCCCCGCACCUCUGGCCCAGGACCUUCCUUGGUCACAAAGCUCACCUUUCAAGUACUGAGCCAAUCGAGACAUCUCUAAAGAUAAUCCAUUUUUGAUAAAUUAGAACACAGUGGGAACAGUGUGUAUCUAUAAUGUACAAAUAAAAAAAAGUCUAGUUUUAAACUGUGA